AGUGAGAGAGUGAGAGAGUGAGUGAGUGAGUUAUCCUUAGCCAUAUCUGGAUGGCUUGUUUGUCAGACUCCAUCUUCCCAAUUUGGAAGAAGAGCCCAUCAAGCUUCUUUGAUUGGUACAAAAGCAAGAGAACAAGUGAAGAGAAACCACAACCCAAGUACUAUAAUAUUGAUCUUCCCUUCUCACCUUCUCUGCUUCACAGAACUUUCUUGCAAGGUAGAGAGCUCAAGUGUUGUUAUAGAGCAACCAUUGAUGGAUUCAGUGCAACCUCAUUCCACAAUAGUUGUGAUUUCAAGGGACCUUGUGUGGUAAUUGGCUAUACAAACAAGUCUUUCAAGUUUGGUGCAUUCAAUCCAGAAGGUUACCGGAGCACCGACGAUUACUAUGACACAUUUGAUGCAUUCCUCUUUUACUGGAAGAACAAUGAAGAGAUUGAGCCUAUAAUUUUACCCAAAGUAGGAGGAAGUGGUGCUGCACUCUUUGAUUAUGCCAGGGGAGGACCUCAAUUUGGGGCAGAUGGGCUCCUUAUAGGACCACCACUUGCACCUGUAAUGGGUGGGUUUGCAGGGCCAGAUACUAACUCUGGCAUUGGUGACCUUAGGCAGGCCAAGUCAAGGUUGGGAUUGUCAUAUGCUAAGAGGAAAGAUGGAAAGGAGUCCUUGUUUGGGAAUGACUCUAGGGCAACCCUAGAAGAAGUACAAGUCUUUUGUAACCCUAAAAUUGCUAGCUUAUACUAAGAAGUAAA